AUGGCCACAGCUGCGCUACCUAACCACUCUACUUUGUCUCACCUUUUGACUUUUAUUGCAACAACAGCGGGUCGCGACAAGAUUCUGCGUACACUACAAUACUUCUCGCGCUUCUAUAGCUGGUAUCUUCACCGCGCCAAUCGCCCGCAGUCCGCCGUUGACCCUAUCAAUGCAAUAAAGAAGCAACUCGAAAUAACACGCAAGGUCUUGCGAAUUGGAAGCUUCAUCGAGAAGUUCCACGCCGCUUCCAUUGCAUUAAAUAGGAAGAGUCCUGUGGAUCCUGUGCUUCGCUACCUCACCGUCGGCCAUCAUCUUGGCUAUGGCGCUUACCUUGCCCUCGACACUUUCACUGUCAUAGAUUCCAUUGGAGUUCGGAAGAUGGCCAACAUCAAGAGUGUUCAAAAUUCCGGCUACCGUGCUUGGAUGGCUGGGCUGACUUGCAGUGUUGGUGCUGGCAUAUACUCGUUAUGGAAGCUACAGCAGAAGCAGAAGACACUCGAUCUGAAAGUGGGCAAGGGAGCUCUCGAGGCAAGAAGAAUUGACAGGGAGCGAUUCACCACUAUUGUUCAAUUAAUCUCGAACCUCUGUGAUUUCGCCAUACCUACUGCGGCCCUCGGACUUGCCAACCUUGAUGACGGAGUUGUUGGUAUAGCCGGUACACUAAGUGCCUCCAUUGGUGUCUGGUUUCAGUGGCGGAAAACUGCUGGAAAAUGA